AUGGCGGAUUUACAGGGACGCAAGGUCUUUAAAGUAUUCAACCAAGACUUUAUCGUCGACGAGCGAUACAAUGUCACGAAGGAAGUCGGUCAAGGCGCUUAUGGCAUCGUCUGUGCUGCGUCGAACGCCCAAACCGGCGAGGGUGUCGCCAUCAAGAAAGUCACCAAUGUCUUCAGCAAGAAAAUCCUCGCCAAGCGAGCCCUGAGAGAAAUAAAACUACUACAGCACUUCCGGGGCCAUAGAAAUAUCACCUGCCUCUUCGAUAUGGACAUUCCAAGACCAGAUCAUUUCAACGAGGUCUAUUUGUAUGAAGAACUUAUGGAAUGUGACCUUGCUGCCAUUAUCCGCUCUGGACAGCCCCUGACGGACGCGCACUUUCAAUCGUUUAUCUAUCAGAUUCUGUGCGGGCUCAAAUAUAUCCACUCAGCUAAUGUUUUGCACCGUGACCUUAAGCCAGGAAACCUUUUGGUUAACGCUGAUUGCGAGCUCAAGAUCUGUGAUUUUGGCCUCGCCCGUGGCUUCUCCAUUGACCCGGAUGAAAACGCGGGGUAUAUGACUGAGUAUGUUGCAACUAGAUGGUACCGUGCUCCGGAGAUUAUGUUGAGCUUUCCAAGCUACACAAAAGCUAUUGAUGUGUGGUCCGUUGGUUGUAUUCUUGCAGAAUUACUCGGAGGGCGACCGUUUUUUAAGGGCCGUGACUACGUCGACCAACUGAACCAGAUUCUUCACUACCUUGGAACUCCAAAUGAAGAAACACUUCGUCGCAUCGGAUCUCCCCGUGCUCAAGACUACGUCCGCAAUUUACCAUUCAUGCACAAAAUGCCUUUCCAGAGAUUAUUUCCGAAUGCAAACCCCGAAGCACUAGAUCUUCUCGACCGGAUGUUAGCGUUUGAUCCCUCGUCACGUAUCUCUGUCGAAGAGGCCCUUGAACACCCUUAUCUACAAAUCUGGCAUGAUGCAUCUGACGAGCCAACUUGCAAGACUACAUUUGAUUUCCACUUUGAAGUAGUCGAAGAGGUCCAUGAGAUGCGAAAGAUGAUUCUGGAUGAAGUAAGGAGAUUCCGUGCGCAUGUACGUCAUGCACAUAUCCCUGUUGGGGCUGCUGGGCAGCAGGCUGCUGUCCAGCAAACCAGUAGUGUGCCGAUACCAGAAGAGAACAUGGGUGCUUGGAAGCAAGACGAACCGCGCCCCCAGGAGGCAGUCAUUGCUGGGGCCCAACCAAACGACCUUGAAGCUUCCCUACAGGGUGGGAUGGAUGCGAUGCGGUAA